AUGCGUUUGUUAUCAAUCCUGUGUUUGUUUACCCUAGUCACUUUGGGUCACUCUCAGAGUCAUUAUGGACGAAUUGCUCAACUUCUUCAAGCAUAUCGACGUGCUGAGGAGAAUUCCGCACGAAUUUCUUACGAUUUUCCAGCUACGAAUAGAAGUAUAGCCUACGCCGAUUUAUUGACAUCCGAAGGUGCAAAAGGAUACGUUUAUCUGCAAAGUGUUAUGGAUCGAAAGUAUGCAUCACAAAACGUGUUUGUCAAUUUGAACGGUUGGCCAACUGAGUAUUCAUAUGAAAUUCUUCCUGAACCAACAACUAGUAGCGACUUGAUAUCUCAACUUCUUAGCGAAGGGUAUCGAGGUUAUCGACUAAAACGGCGCAUAUUCACAGCUACUGGUUACUAUAAUGCAUAUGUGAAAAAUUCUCAUCGAAGUGAUGUUCAAUAUGCUUAUCAAUAUUUUCCAUUGCCAAGUGAUCCGGAUGUGUUCUGGACACUACUUAACGAACAAGGUGCACAGGGGUACAGAUUUUGGGGUUUUUAUAAUAAAGACAAUCGUAGUGCACUUUUUAUCAACGAUUUAUCUCAAGGAUCAGCGAACUACAAUUAUGCACCUUUAUCGGAUAUACCAAAAACAGCAACAGAAUUUCUAGAAAAAACAAAUGAUUUAGGAGAACAGGGUUAUCGUUUUGCUGCGUUUUCAUACAUUGUUAGCCAAACACAGAAAACCGCAAAUGGAAAACCAGUAGUGUGGAAUUUUAUCCUUUACUGCAGAGAUCAAUCUCAAUAUAAAACUUAUCGUUAUAAGACUUUACCAUUAGCUGCUUCAAUUCCUGAUUCUAUCAAUCAGCUCAAAGAACAAGCUGAUCAAGGUUAUCUUUUUGUUAUGACACCGCUUUUCGGUGAAAGUGAUUGGGUCAAUUUUUAUUUGGAUUGGGAAACAGCAAAAAGCGACGCUUUGGAUAUCGAUGGAGGAUUUUAA